AUAUGUUUUUUGGCUAAAAACUAAAAAACCUUAAAUAAUUAAGGUCGUUAUAAUAUAAGCAAGUAAUCACUGAGUAAGACUAAAAUAGGAUUUUAACUCAAUAUGACUUUGUACAUUGAUACAAAACUUAACUUUUCCGAUGUAAAUAUUGUAUCAACUAUUGCGGCAUGGCACUCUUCAUUACCCUUACUUGCCGUUGGAUCUUAUAAUCAAGAAAAAGGAGGAUUUAUUACGAUUUUCCAAGAAUCGGGUGUAGAACUGGAAGGUUGUGAGUGGCCAGUGUUGAUUUCAAACCAAGUCACAGCCCUAGCAUGGCACCCGUCGAGGCGGCUGCUGGUUGCCGGCUGGGACGGCGGGGAACUCUACAUCUGGCUGGAGUACUCGUGGGCACGGCUGGAGGCCCCACACAACGCCGCCCUCACCUCCAUACAGUUCAGCCUCGGUGGUGGGCGAUUAAUAGCUUCAGAUGCUGCUGGGUCAAUGUCAGGCUGGCAGUCAGCCUCUGGAGCACCUCUGACAUCUUUUCAUCAUCAACUCAAUGAUGUCAUAACCAAUUUAGUCUUCUGUGCCCCAAGACCAAGUGGAGAAGCCUCUAUCAGGGGUCUGGCUCGAGCGGCCGUGGCAGGUGAUGAGAAUGCACUGGAUGCCCUCGCGGCUUGGAGACCUCGCACUACUGCAAGGAUGAGGGAAGGCAGUCUGCCCGACAGCCACUCCUGUUAUGCAUCCCAGGACAAUGGAGCAAUUCUAUACAUUGACCAUACUGGGUCCUGCUCUGAAGUGCUGAAUGCGCCAGGAAAUAUUAUCUUCAUGGGAAUCAUCAGCAACAUUUACCUCCUGGUGGCCUGGGAGUCUGGAGGAGCCCUCAGUUUGACGAGAUUCAUGACUGCUAAUGAUGGCUCUCUGACCACCGACACUCAUGUGAGAAUGGCAGCUCGCAAUGGGCAGUCUGUAGUCCUCGCUGGCAACUUCUAUGUGGCGGUGAUAGCCGGUGACAACAUCAUCAGGAUCUGGGAUAGUGAGACAGGUGACAAUGAUGUGCUACCGAAUGAAAAAGAGGAAAUAGCUGAAGGAGAUAUAUUUACAAGCAUUAACUACUGCACUUUAAGUGAUACUCUAUGCUGCGGAACUUCUCAGGGACAUCUUUACUUGUGGCGUAGGGAUCAUAGGAAUAGUUGGAAGCUGAUAAGCAGUACUUCUGUGAAAGGAACAGUGAAGGAGGUGAGCUGGGGCAGUGAAGGGUUGAUGAACCCGCUCCUGCAUGUCAACUGCAUCACCAGUGCCUUCAUUCUGAGGGAGCAGCCCAUCUGCUGGGGGUAUUCCCCCGAGGUCACGAUGGUGCAGAAGUCUGCUACAGAGAUAGCGGUUGCAAACAAAGCUGGUUUAUCAACAAGUAUUAAUACAAUCAUAACUGUUAGAGCCAUGGCUUACAAGGAUCAGUAUGUGGCCAUAGGAGAUGGAAAGGAAGUACAGGUCUGGCUAAGCAGUAAGGACAACAACGUUAAAUUCUCCCUCAUCCACUCCUUCUCCUGGAAGACUGACGUAUUGGUCAUCCACAGCGACAUGUUGGUGGGUAUCGUCGCGACGCACGUGGAGUCCCGCUCGGUGUCGGGGCUCGCGCUCGGCGCGCUGCCCACGUCGGAGGGCGAGGGCGAGCCCAUCGGCCUCACCAGCACCGGCCGCUUCCUGCUCGUCUCCACCAUGGACGGGACCCUAAAACUAGCCGAGAUCACUAAGAAAGGCUUAAAGAUGCCUUUCCCAGCGAAAAACUGCUACCAAAUGAUCGAAGACUUCGGCGAGGUUAUGCGGGCGGCAGUCAACUGUACUGGGAGGUAUAUCUGCUUAAGUAUCGCGAAUUCAGCGCUGGCGCCCGACCCGCGGCUGCACCUGUGGGACGCGGCCAAUGACGUCAUCACGCAGACCGUGGCCGACCCCGCGGCGCAGCGCGUGCCGCUCGCCAUCGUGUGGGACGCACAUGACGCACGCCUGCUCGCCGUGCACACUCGCUCAGCCGACAGCGAUAGAGUACAUCUCUACUUCUGCCACGAAGGCCGCCUGUUCGAGUACCGGCACUGGUGCCCGCAGGCCGAACUCUACAACCUCUCUGACUUCAUGAUGUGCACGCUGCAAGCCCCGCACGUCGUCAUCCUCACGCAACAGACCCUCAAGCAGAUUACACUCAACGAGUUCCAGGAUCUGAAGGACCCUGACGCGGCCACGGCGCGACAAAUGCUCGACUUCCUUUACCAUAUGACGAUAGGAUCACUAGAGAAGGCGGUUGUAGUCGGCAGUAACAUCGCUGGAGGGAAAAGCUCAGUGAUAUGGAACAGCCUGGCCAAAGAGUGCGUUUCCUGCAAGCGGCCCGACAUGGGCUCCGUGUGUUUAGGCAAGAUGGGCAACAUCAAGGGGGCUCUAAUGAUGAAUAAAGUCAUGGAGGACCCGAAUAUGGAUGACGAUUCUAAAGUGGGAGUGCUCGCAGUCAAUCUGGGCAUGCUGGCGGAAGCUGAAAAACUGUUCAGUCAAGCCCAACGGCCGGACUUAGUGACUCGUUUAAAAUCCGCUCAAGACGGAGGCCUGGCGGAGAUAACUACCGGCCCUAGCGAGGGAGAAAACGUGUUGCUUAUAAAGAGAGCUCAACACAAACUGGCCAACCUUUUGUGGGCUAAUGGGGAGACGGGAGCUGCGCUGAAACUGUUCGAGCAAGCGGGCACGGUAGUCCCCCACGUGCCUCGCAUGAUGACGGCUCAGGGCCAGACCCAGCUACUAGCCCAAUACGUAGCUACCUCAAAUGACACUCAGCUGAUACUCUGGUGGGGACAUUACCUGGAGAGUGUGGGCGAUAUGGACGGCGCGCUCGACGCCUACGCAAGGGCAAAAGACUUCGGCGAACAGACCAGAUUACUGUGUCAUAUGGACAGGAUAGAAGAGGCGGAGAAGCUGUGCGAUAAGGAUAAAGCGGCUAUGUACCAAAUGGCGCGCUAUCUAGAAAUGCAGCCGGAUAAAACUGAAAGUGCAGUAAAGAUGUACCUCCAAGCCGGCAUACCCACAGCCGCAAUCCGCGUAGCCUCCGAAGCUCAGUCAUGGGGGCUGGUCCGGCGCGCCGGCGGGGCGGGGCCAGCGCACGCGCUGCAGGCCGCCUGCGCGCUCGACGCCGCCGGCCGAAGCCGCGACGCUAUACUCAUGUACCAGCGGGCCGGCAAACCCCACAUGGCGCUCAAACUAGCCCUAUCCUGCGGCGACACGACCGCACUGGCGCAGUGCGUGCAGAGCGUGGGCCGCGUGGAGCCCGCGCUGGCGCAGACCGUGGCCGCGCGCCUGCGCAGUGCGGGCCAGCACGCGCACGCCGCCGCCGCGCUCGCUGCUAGCGGACAGUACGAAGAAGCUUUAGACAUCGUGGAAGCAGACACGUCACCGCUAACCGAGGAGCUGAGCGAGCAGCUAGCGGCGCCGGCCGGGACUCGAGGGCGGGACGCGCUGCUGCGACGCCUGGCUGAUGUGCUGGGAGCCAGGUCGCUGUACCACCAGGCCGCGAAGAGGCUGGCGCAGGCUGGUGAUAAGGCAGGAGCGAUGCGAUGGCUAAUGCGCUCAGGCGACGUGGACCGCGUCGCCACAUUCGCCGCAGCGUCACACGACCGCACCGCGCAGCUGAUGGCGGCCGACUACCUCAGGAGGCACGCUGAUUGGCGGAUGCGCCCCGACUUGACAAGACAUAUUCUCCAGUUUUAUACGAAGGCGAAGGCUUAUGGGAAGCUAGCGGGGUUUUAUGCGGAGUGCGCUAAGACUGAAGUUGAUGAGUAUGAGAACUAUCCAAAAGCGUUGGAUGCUUUGAAAGAAGCGACUAAAUGUUUAUCAAAAGCCUCCGAUCCAGAAACAGAAACUCAAAUGAUCGCUCUGCAAGAACAAAGCACGCUGCUGAAAAGAUACAUUGAUGUCAAGAAAACUCUGGAAGCCGGUGAAAUAAAUCCAGGAGUGACGAGCGGACAGCAGUUGAUCCGCGCGCUGGGCGGGCGCGCCGGGCUCGUGGACGAGGAGCGGGUGCUGAGGCUGAUGCUGCACCACGCGCCCAACCACCCCGAUGCACCAGCAUUCGAACAACGCCUUAAAUCAUUGCAGUCGCGCCCACAAGAAGACACGCAAUCCACGGACUCGCCAGAUCAAAGUAUCGAAGAAGUCUUUUAAACUUUACCUCUGUGAUAGUA